GCAGCGGAAGUAAACAAUAAACGCUUUUACCGUUAGCUCAGCGCUUUCGAUGUAUUGAGUCAACUAAUGUUGUAUUAUUUUCAUGUGGUGAAACAAUCACUUCUAUUAUGGCCACAAUGUCUUCAGUUGACUUUUUGAGAGAGUUUGUUAACGAGCGACUCUCUGCUGCUGCUGAAGAAAUAUUUGCAGUUUUUCAGAAAACUAUCGUAAAUUACGAGGAGGAGAUCAGACGGCAGCGGAGACUGCUGGAUGUCGUUUUGAAACCGGAAAUAAAUAUACACAGGAUAGAGCUCCCACAGCAUCCUGUCUGUGAGGAGCAGGUUCUCUCUGAGCUCUGUAUUCAGGAGAGGAACUCCAGUCUGGACCAAGAGGACCCAGAGCCUCCACAGAUUAAAGAGGAGCAGGAGGAGCUGUGCACCAGUCCGGAGGGAGAGCAGCUUGGACUGGAGCAGGACACUGAUGCCUUCAUGUUGACUGCUACCAAGGAGGAAAGUGAGCACCAGCUCUUCUCUCACAACUCUCAUGUAGCUGAGAGCCAAGAUCAGGAAGGAGGCGAGCAAGACUCAGGAUCAACUGGACAUGCAGAGCCAAAACCACAUCACAAAGGCAAAAGUCAAAGUAAAGAUGUAAACAACAUGAACUUGUCAGAGAUGCACAGUGAUACUCAACAGUCUUUAAAAUGUGAUACAUAUGGAAUGUAUUUCCAGGAAAAAUCAUCACUGGACAAACAUCUGAAAAUCCACACAAUAAAAAAAACACUUUCUUGCAACAUUUGUGAGAAAAUAUUUGCUAAUAAAUCAGAAUUAAUCAUUCAUACAAGAAUCCACACAGGUGAGAGGCCAUAUUCAUGCCAAAUGUGUGGGAAAACGUUCAGACAAAAUAGUAACUUGAUAGCGCAUAUGAGAAUCCACACAGGGGAGAAGCCAUUUUCCUGCCAAAUGUGUGGGAAAGCUUUCAAAAAAAAUAGUCACUUGAAAGAGCAUGUGAGAAUUCACACAGGGGAGAAGCCAUUUUCGUGUCAAAUGUGUGGACAAGGUUUCUGUCGAUCAUCAGCUUUGAAAAAUCAUCUGAAAUUCCACAUGAGGGGAAGCCAUGAUCUUGCAAAACAUGUGGGAAACGUGUCCGGUAAAAAUGCCAUAUUCAGUAGUAACUUGGGAAGCCACACAGGAACACACACAGGGGAAACGUUGAAUCCCUGCAGCACAGAGCCUCCACUGAUUGAAGAGGAGCAGGAGGAGCUGUGCACCAGUCCGGAGGGAGAGCAGCUUGGACUGGAGCAGGACACUGAUGCCUUCAUGUUGACUGCUACUGAGGAGGAGGGUGAGCACCAGUUCCUCCCUCACAACUCUCAUGUAGCUGAGAGCCAAGAUCAGGAAGGAGGCGAGCAAGACUCUGGGGCCGUGUCUUAUUUCUGGGAUUUCCCCUCCUCGACUCCUCCAGUAGUGACCCGUAAAUGAAUUUCAGUGCGCCAUGUUGAAGGACAUCUAAUUUCUCUAAAUGCACUUGGAGGAUCGAGCGUCGAGGAGGCUCUCUAGAGGAGCUAUAAUCGAGGAUGUGUCCUCCACGGUCCUCUCAAGUGGAUGCAUUUCCGGCAACAGAGAUGUUUAAAAGAGUCGUGACGCACUGCCGGACUUAUCUCAGCCAAUGA